GUGUUGCCAGGCCACCUCUGCAUUUGGCACAACAGCGUUCAUUAUCCCCAGAUCGCCAGAGCUUCCAGCCCCUGGCGCCGGUUGCCGUUGCCGGCUUUCUGGAGGGCUACGGCUACGAGGCACGGGCAGACCUAGAUGUCUGGGCGCAGCGACCAGGCAGUGCAACGGCGCCAGUGAUGGCAUUCGAGGUUGCUGGGCACGAGGAACGUGGAGGUCAUACUUGGUAUCAAAUGAAAUGCUCCCUCAUGGCUCCUCGCUCGGUGCCUGCACUGCGCUGGAAGGUGGAACGGCGUCUGUCAAGCCUGCGCGAGGAAUUGCACGAUAGGAUCAAGGAUGGCUUGGGAUCCAGCUAUGCCACUUACUUCGGCAAGACACCUUUCGCGCUGAAAGGGGGUCUGCCGGGCACAACUGCACGGCUCAAUCUUUGGUUUGGAUCCCUGGCGGAAGUUGUAAAUCGCGGAGAUGCGCAGCCCUCGGUGGUCGCGCUGCUGCUCCUCUUCCUGGAGGCCCCAGAGCCGGGAGAGCCGACUGGCCCAGAGCCUCAAGAGGCCGAGGCACGCGUGGGCGACGGGGUGGCGCCUUCCUUCCAGGAGGAGCCUCCAAGCGGCCUGAGUCCACAAAAGAGUGCGGGAGCUCGCACGGCCGGCCCAGAAGUCACUGAGGAGAUCACUGAGAUCGAGAUCAGCUUGGAAGACACAGCAUUUCCGGGAAGCCGCACGCUGGUUCGAGCCCUGCAGGUAGCUCAUGCGACAGUCGGCAUGGCACAGCCUGAGCGACCAGAGCGACCGGGCAGCCCUCACGCUGGCCGCCUUUCGCGGCUUCCGGAGCUGCUCCCGCCGGGGUUCAGCGAAGCGCAGCGUGUGCUCUACGAUCGCAUCCUUUCCGGAGCCAAAGAUGCUUCCGGCAAGCCGCUGAAGACGCGAGUCAACGAGGAGACAGGUGGCCUGCUGGGGCCCUUCAACUCCUUCCUUCGGUCUCCCGAGCUCGGCGGACAACUGGCCACGCUUGCUGAGACGCUGCGAUUCGGAGAUCUUCAAGCGAACCAGCGGCUGCUCGAGAAGUGGUAUGCGCAGCUUAACUUCCAAACGGCAGAUGGCGUCGUGCAGGCCAUUGAUCCGACGUCCUAUGCGGCUAACGAUGUCCUUGCCCGUUUACAGGCCAAAGAAGAGGAGGUCGCGAACAAGGAGGAUCCCGAAAUCGCCAGGCAAGAGUGGCACAAGAAGCUGCGCGAGCAUGCCGAGGCGCGGACUCUGCGAACGGUGCACGUUUCCGGGCUGCCCGCGUCGACGACCCUGCAGGAGUUGCAGCGGCUUGGAGAGCAGUUCGGCAGCGUGGAGCAGCUACGCCUGGAUCGCGAUGCGAAGGGUGCCAAGGAGCUCGGAAUCGCCCGAGGCUGCUGUCUGAAGCGGACCUUCUUGGUGACUUUGCGAAAGGUAGACGAGAGCGUCGUUAUCUUUUCCGAAUCAAAAUCCGAGGUGAACUCGACAGAUAUUGAAGAAGCGACUGUUGAGUUUCGGCAUCCCUGUGUUGAUCGUGCAUUGGCAAGCGCGGGGACGGAGCCAACGACUCAGCCGCAGGGCAAGUUCUGGGAUGAGCUGGCAGAGAAGCAGCGGCAGCUUUACAACCGCAAGCUUGAGAAGGUGCGUGCCACCGCUGAAGCCAUUCUUGGCCCAGGCACGACUCCUUCUCCUCCACCUUCGCCUCCUGAGGAGGACGAUUUCUUCGCCUGGGCCAAGCAGGCCGCGGCGAUUUUCAACCCCGAAGCCGAGGAGCAGAGUGCAGACAUUGCAGAGGGGAAUCUCGAGGAACGCCCUGCGGCUUCAGAGGAGCUGGGGCCUGUUGAUUUGGAAGAGCACCCGGACAUAGUUCCUGGUACAGAGCUGGCGGUGCUCCAGGACUCCUCCUCGGAAGAGAUCUCCGAGUCCUCAGCUGCCUCCGGCAUCGAGCAGGUGGGCGGGAAGUUUGCCGAUGGACCUCGAGCCCAGCGAAAACGCCGGGCAGCUCUGCGAAGAGAGCGGACACGAAGGCAACCGAAGGCAAAAUCCCUGGCCGCAGCCGCCAAGCUACCCAUAACGCCGGCGCAGUGGGCCGCUUCUGCCGCUGCUGCCCGAGCAGAGAGCGCGGAGAAGCUAAAGUCCCCAGCCCAAUGGGCAGCAGCACGUGCGAGGGCUCUUGAGCGGCUGAAGGCCAAGACUCCGGGCAGCCAGCGUUGGAAAAGACGAGGCUUUACCGGCGAGGUCCAGGUCCUUGCAGAAACGCUCGAAGCAGAGGAGCCAGACAUUGCAUCGGCAUUGGAUCUGACGCAGCCGAAACGGGCGCGAAACAAGCAGCUGUGUAUUCUGCGAACUGUGAGGAGCACAGGGGCCUCUUAUGCAUUGUGGUCGCAUGCGAAGCUGGCAUCGGCUGCAGGCCUUCCCUCCGAAGUGAUCGAUGCACUGCAGAGCGGGGAAGAAGCUCAGAAGGUGAGCGGCCGUUUGCGAAGAGACGAACAGGUAGCACUUCGUCUUUGUGAUGAGCUGCUGCAAGCGGGCAUGACGGUCAGCGAGGAGACUUACAGGGCUGCAGUUCAGCAGUUGGGGGAGCGCUGCACCUUCGAGGUGGCUGCGACAAUUGGCUUCUACCUGCUCCUCAUUAUUCUUCAGCAGACACCGGUCAAGCACCGAAUGCCAGCCCUUCAACUGAUCAUGGGGCUGGUGGUGCAGCACCAUGUCAGCUUUUCUGACAGCCCCGGGCUACAGCUGACAAGCCCCGGCGCCGGUCAUGCCAUGCUUCGGCUUCUGGUGACUCUGGCGGCUGUCAAGGCUGCUACCGUUUGCCAGGACGACCUUACCACCCCUUCGACCGACACCCACGCAGCGGGAUCCAUAUUGCUACAAAGUUCCCAGAUCAGAGACCGGGAUAGAGAGGUUUGGGACAGCAACACUAAGCUGAACUCUUCUCAGAGAGAGAAAAGCUUUGCGUUCCUUCCUUGGCAAGUGCUUUACCUUCUACAAGGCGACCGUCAGCUUUUACGGCUUUUACGGGAAACAACUCCAGAUGCACCGCAAGCCCCAGAAGCAGGCUUUGCAUCGCUUCUGAUCUGUUUAUCCUGCGUUCUGCUGACAGUUUGCGUUUGCGCAUGGAGUCUUGGGCGCGCUGGAGAUGAUCCGAUCAAGGGCACAGGCCGAGCUCCGCUGCCUUCCAUGCGGCCGAGCCUGGAGCCUUCACGGGGCCAAUGCAGACCGCCCGAGGGGCCGGCACCGCAUGUGCUGCUCGUCAGCACUCAUAGCGGCAGCUGA